AUGUUAUUCAUAAUAUAUUUUGUUUUAUUUUCUUCAAAUAUUCUUAUUGCUACUAGUAAUAAUACACAAAAUAUAAUUAAAUUCGAUGAAGAUACUUUGAAGAAAUUAAAAAUACCAUCAAAUCAAUUAUCAUCAUUUAUUUCCUAUCAAGAUUAUGAAUUAUUUAAUGAAUUUCAAUGUGCUAUUGAAUGUAUUAAAGAUAAAGAUAAUUGCAAUGCUUAUUCAUAUGAUGGCACAACUAAUCAAUGUUCAUUAUAUCAUGAUUCAAAUAAAAUAAUUGAUGAUAAUGUGACUAAAUUGAGAGAACAAUUAAAAACAAAUGUAUGUGAUAAAGUUAAAUGUAAACCGGAUGCUGUUUGUAUUGGAGAAACUGAAGCAAAAUGUAUUUGUUUAAAUGGAGCAGAAACACCUGAUAAUUGUGAUCAAAUAGAAACCGGUGUAUGGAGUGAUUUUAAAGAUUGGUCUGUAUGUAGUUCAACAUGUGGAGAAGGUUAUCAAUUUCGAAAACGAGAUUGUUUAUCAGAAAAUGAUAGAAAUAAAAAAAUAUCAAAUGAACAUUGUAUUGGUAAAGAUACUGAAACUCAACUAUGUGUUAUUAAAGCAUGUCCAACAUAUGGACCAUGGACAACAUGGACACCUUGUUCAACAUUCUGUGGUAUUGGUAUGAAACAACGUAAUCGUUCAUGUGUUCCACCUGGUUCAACUUGUGGAAAUUAUACAUAUGAACAACGAGCGUGUGGUGAAGCAAAUUGUCAACGUGUUGUUGGUAUCAAAGAAACAGAACCUAAAAAAUUUCCAAUGAAAGGUUAUUUAGCUAUACGAGAAGGUGAUAUUUUAUGUAUACCACAAAGCAAUAAUGAAACAGCUAAGCAUAUGGCUGAUUUAGUUUGUAAAUCAGUUGGUUCUACUCGUGGAGCUCAAUAUGCUAUUCUUACACCAAUUGGAGCGAAUUCAACUUGUUAUCCUGGUAUUUUAUGUGAUGGUACAGAAACUAGCUUUCAUGAUUGUAAAUAUCAACGAUCACAAACUACAAUUACUACAAGUGAUCUAUUUGCAAUUAUUACACGUUGUAUCGUUGACGGUGGAUUUUCCUCAUGGUCUGAUUGGUCAACAUGUACAAAAUCAUGUGGUAAUGGUGAAUCAACUCGUUCUCGAACAUGUACACAACCAUCACCAUCAAUACUUGAACCUGAAUUGAAUUCUAUUAAUUCUUCAUUAAAUGGAAUGAACUGUACAGGAGAUUAUACACAAGUUAAAACUUGUAAUAAACAAAAAUGUUAA